GCGGGGCGGGGGAAGCGUUUUCCCGGGAAACCCUCACGUGGCGCCGCCCUGGCCCCGGUGGGGACCGGCCGUGAGCCAUGAGCCGCCGCCGGGCCGCGGCCGCGAGCCUCCGGAGGGGCGGCAGGAGGGCAGUGCCCAGCGGGAAAGGCGCGUCGCCCCGCGGAGGAACCCCCGCUCCAGCUCUCACCCUGCAUCUCUUCAGUGACCCAGUUGAGAUCAAGGCCCUGCGCCGGGACCUGCUGGCUUGGUACGACAGAUGCAAACGGGAUCUGCCCUGGAGGACCCUGGCAGCAACUGAACCAGAUGCUGACAGACGGGCAUACGCCGUGUGGGUGUCGGAGAUCAUGCUCCAGCAGACACAAGUGGCUACAGUGAUCGACUACUACAACCGCUGGAUGCAGAAGUGGCCGACACUGCAGACUCUGGCGCAGGCGUCCCUGGAGGAGGUGAACGAGCUGUGGGCAGGACUUGGCUACUACUCCCGAGGGAAGCGCCUGCAGGAGGCAGCGAGAAAGGUGGUGUCGGAGCUGGCGGGACGGAUGCCCAGGACAGCUGAGGACCUGCAGAAGCUGCUGCCAGGAGUGGGUCGAUACACGGCUGGAGCUAUCGCUUCCAUCUCGUAUGGACAGGCUACAGGUGUUGUGGAUGGCAAUGUGAUCCGGGUCUUGUGCCGCCUGCGGUGCAUCGGUGCCGAUUCCAACAGCCCAGCUGUCAUCGACCACCUCUGGGACAUGGCCAAUGCCCUGGUAGACAGGAGCCGCCCGGGGGAUUUUAACCAAGCCCUGAUGGAGCUGGGGGCAACUGUGUGUGUGCCCAAGGCCCCGCUGUGCGGGGACUGCCCUGUGAAGCAGCACUGCCGAGCGUGGCGCAGGGUGGAGAAGGAGCUGGCCUUUGCCUCUCAGAAGCUGUUUAGAAAACCUGCCCCAGUGCUUGAUGUUGAGGACUGCGGUGCUGCGGGCUGUCCCCUGUGCCCCCCAGCCACGGAGCCAUGGGACAGCAGCCUAGGGGUGACCAACUUCCCCCGGAAAGCAGCAAAGAAGCAGCCACGGGUAGCACGAACGGCCACGUGUGUGCUGGAGCGGAGAGGCUGCCAGGGGGCCCUGGAGUAUCUCCUUGUGCAGAGACCCAGCUCAGGUCUGCUGGCUGGGCUCUGGGAGUUCCCAAGUGUCCCAUUGGCUCAGGAUCUGCAGGAGGAGAAGCAGAGGGAGGCGCUGGCAGAUCACCUCCAGGCCUGGCUGGGGCAGCCUGUGCCAGCAGGAGGCCUGCAGCUAAUUGGAGAGGUUGUCCACAUCUUCUCUCACAUCCACCAGACAUAUGUGGUCUACUCCCUGCCCCUGGAUGAGGAUGUGACCUCGGACCCUGCCUCAUCCCCAUCCCGCUGGGUGACAGAGGAGGAGUUCCAUGCCUCUGCUGUGUCCACAGCCAUGAAGAAGGUGCUGAAAGCACACGAGAAGCAGCGCAGGAAGGAGAGUAGCUCAGGCCAGGGUUCUAAGCGGAAGCGGGGCGCAAAAACAGAGGGAGUGAGCAGCACCUGCUCUGGCACACAGCUCUCUCUCCGUGCCUUCCUCCGGCCACCGACUGCCUCAUGAUGGCACCUUCCACCUAUGUGACCACCAGAGAUCUGUGCUGUGGUGACAACUGCACAUUGCGAGGGGACGGUGCCCCUGUACUGCUGCCAGCCCAGCACAUCGCCCCGUAACAGGCUCCCCCUCUCUGCAGAGUCUGCCAGCUUCCCUGCUGUCCCCGUGGGAGUUGCACCUCAACGUGCCCACUAUGGUCCUCGAUGUGACCCAAAGCUGGGCUUGCCCUCCCUGCCUUGGCUGGAGCCCUCCUGGUGUUGUCCAGCCCCACACAGCCACC